AUGGUUUCCUAUGAAGUGCUCAAUACGACUGAUACUCUUACACCGGACGGAAAUUUCUCCUUUUUCUGGCACUUAUUCACCUUGCUUGAAUUCGUGUCGGAGACGUGCAAAUAUGCCUGCGUCCCUACCGAUGUAUUCUCUGUGCACGUGAUCAAUUUCGACUUACCCUCGGACAUUGAGGAGUACGUCCAUCGAAUUGGUAGAACCGGACGCAUGGGCCAGCCAGGAUCAGCAACCUCGUUCUUCUGCGAUCGUAACCAAAAUGUGGCUCGCCAUUUGGUUGAGUUGCUGCGAGAGUCGAAACAACCUGUGCCAGAGUGGCUGGAUCAACGUGCCUCAAAUGGUGGUAAUGCACUGACCGGCAGUUCAGGCGGUAGACGUUUCGGCAACGCUCAAGGUCGACGAUCGGGUGGCCGUCCAAACUACGGUUCCCUGGACUUCCGCAGUGGCCAGAAGGCAAGCACUAGUUACGUGCCGAACCCACAGAACCUCGGUCUGCUGGGCAGCGGAGCAGCUCCCCUGGCCUACAUGGGA